AUGAAUGACUUUGCUGAUUUGGCAAAUGCCUUGAGCAACAUUGAUGCUCAAGAGCAAGCAGCUUCAAAGGAAAACCAGAAUGGUGAGGGAGCUGCAGUACAACAAACUGAAGAAAAACUUAGAGUUGUUCCAAUUCUUGCUUCAGAACACUUGACUGAGAUCGAAAUGAUGACAAAGAAGGCUGAAAUAGCUAAGAAAGCAAGUAUCAGAAAGCUUAAAAAGAAAGAGCAUUUUACAGGAAUUUUCGAAAAGAAGUGCGCAAAGGAGAGAGCUCACAAGCUUGAAAUGAAGAGAGAUUUGAAGAAAUCUGGAAAGAAGAAAUAA